AUGGACUUUAGCAAGCCAAAUUGCCUCAAACAAAACAAUCCAAGGAGUCAAUGGAAGCAUUCCGCCUUCUUUACAAAUUGUAUUCUCGUUCGCAUCUGUAUUAUUUCUCUGAUUUCUCUGGAACGAGUCUUUGCUUUGAUCUGGCCGCUUCGUCAUCGUGUAACUAGCACCAAGGUUUACAUUUACAGUGUAGUUAUCGUAUGGUUAGCUGGGAUAGCUAUAGGUGUGAGCGGUUUCAUUGCUUUACUUGGAAUCUACGAAUUCACGUAUUUCGUGGUUGGUGCUGCGGUCAUCAUUGGUUUCUCCCUAAUUACGAUUUGUGUAUCUUACCUGUCCAUCAGGAAAAGAAUUAACAACAGAACUCCUGCUAUCGACAAAGCAGAAAGCAGAAUAAGUGCUGAACAAAAUACAAAACUCUCCAAGACUCUUUUUAUCGUGAUAGGAGCAUAUGUUGCUUUAUGGGUUCCCAGCGUUACAUGGUACAAUAUCAGUGUAUGGUAUCCAAGCCUGUUUCCUUAUUUUGUGACUCACAUUUUCACAAUGCUACACAUCACCAAUUCCCUUGUCAAUCCAAUUAUUUAUAGUUUAAGAAUACCAGUAUUCAAAAAAACCAUACAAAAAGUGAGAAAUAAGCUUAAAGUUGUCAAGCCAUCAAAGAGUUAUACAGUUAGUUAAAAUGUUCGACUCGUUUAUAAGGGAGCUCUUACGUCUCAACAGCCUGUAUUCUAGUUGAUCAAGUCAGUAAAAUUCUUUUAAUCUUCAAUUUCAUGCAAAUUUAGAAAAAUAUUCUGAUGAUUUGCAGCAAGUUUAUAUUGGCAUGAAACACGAAAUAAUUUGUCGUAUUCGACCUGACUUUAAGCGCCAGCCCGAAUCACAAUACGGUAUUUCCAACAAAAUACUCAGAAAAUGUGUCUUGUGCGGCUACUCUCUAAGCCUUUAAAUCUAUUUUUUAGAAUGUGCUGCAUGUUCCUUGAAAGAUAUACUCAAUGUUCAAAGACAUUAUGAAAUCAAAUAUACGUUAAUCACUCUUGGAUUCAUCAAUCCGCUUUUUUAAUUAAUAAAUAUUCGACAACUCACCCACUGCACUGUACAUCAAAAACCACUUACUAUGGUGACUUUAAGCGCCAGCCCGAAUCACAAUACGGCAUUUCCAACAAAAUACUCAGAAAAUGUGUCUUGUGCGGCUACUCUCUAAGCCUUUAAAUCUAUUUUUUAGAAUGUGCUGCAUGUUCCUUGAAAGAUAUACUCAAUGUUCAAAGACAUUAUGAAAUCAAAUAUACGUUAAUCACUCUUGGAUUCAUCAAUCCGCUUUUUUAAUUAAUAAAUAUUCGAUAACUCACCCCACUGCACUCUACAUCAAAAACUACUUACUAUAGGUUCAAAUUGACGAAUGUUACUAUCCACAGCAUCGUUAAUUAUAGGAAUAGUCAAACAAAACAAACUGUUAUUGCAGCACUAUGGAUGUCCUCCCUCGAUCCGGUAUAUUAUCACAGUAAUCAUGUUCCCUGCAAAUUCUCUCCAUGCAAAAUAAAGUUGUGUUAAGAAAACUAAAAUGAACUUACUACUUUUUAAUUGGACCAUACCCAUCUACCAUUGGUGCCCAUUAGUGCUUUGGCGACCGUAAUUAACAUCUAUAGACAAUCUACUGUCUUUCGUUCAAUACGCAGCCGUAGGGUUAGUUUAAUGUUGUACUUUUUAUUAAAGUUCUAUUUUCAACUGAUUGGUUUAUCUGUGUGAUAAUUAAAUAUCGCCCUUGGGAGGCACAAAGCUUUAUUUUUUAACUUCCCUUUGGUUGGUCAGGUGCGCUGUCGAUACAAAAACAUAAUACAGUCAUGUAAUACAACGACUACUCCGCAUUAAUUUAACUACAGAACGCAAACGUCGUGAAACUCACAAGGGCCUAGCGUUUAUAAAGAUACUUGUGCUCAUAACGGUGUGUAAGGCAAGCUGGAAUCCUUUAACCUCUAUACCGUCUACCACAUUACAAUCUUAUAAAACAUUAUCUUUGUUAUUAUGUCUGAUGCGACUCCGAUUUCGAUAGUGGUCGUUCUUCUUGUCCUGUCUGUUUUCAUUAUUAUCGCUAAUACUUUUACUGUAUUUGUUUUCUGGAUUCAUCGCUACAAACUAAAGCGAACAUUCCUUAUUGUUUUUAACUUGACUGUUGCUGACCUUUUGGUGGGACUUGUAGAAACAGUCAUCGCCGGACGUAAACUGAAUGGCAGUAAGUUUAUGGAGGGAAUUCCAGGAUCGUUUCUAGCAAUGGCUUCUGGUGCAUCUGUGUUUUUUCUUGUACUCGUUUCACUGGAGAGAGCCUUCGCCUUGAUUUGGCCGCUUCGACAUCGCGUAACAAGCACCAAGGUUUAUAUCUACAGCGUGGCUAUUAUAUGGUUAGCUGGAUUGUGUCUAGGUGCACUUAAUUUCUUAACCACGAAUGGUAUUAUAGACUUUCGACAUUAUUUAUUCGCCUACUCUAUCAUCAUUUUUUUAUCUUUAUUUGUAAUUUGCUCGUCGUAUCUCUUAAUCCGUAAAAGACUUUGCAACAGAAAUCCUGUUAUCAAUGAAGCAGUCUGUAGAAAGCGUGUGGAACAAAACGCAAAAUACUCCAAGACUUUCUUUAUUGUGAUAGGCGCAUCUGUUACUUUGUGGGCUCCAAGCAUGACGUUGUACAACAUCAAUAACUUGUGGCUCGGUUUGCUUCCUGGGUUUAUGAAUUACGUUACCAAUUUCCUACAUGUUACAAAUUCUCUCGUGAACCCAAUAAUUUACAGCUUUAGAAUAGCAGUGUUCAAGAAGACUUUAAAGCAACUCGCAAAUAAGUUGAGGAUUUGCAGGCCAUCAAAAAGUUACACGAUUGGGGAGAAAAUCUAA